CGUCACCAGACCCUUUUCAACAUUGAACGUGGCAAAUCCAAAAUGGAGGAAAUAGUGAUUGUGUUUACAAUCGCCUACGCGCUUGUUUCACUGUGUUUUGUGGCGCCUCCAAGAGAGUUUGUCAGUGCAGGUUUAACCGUGCAGAAUAUCCUGUCUGGAUACUUAGGGAGUGAAGAUAUGGAUUUUGUUGGCUAUCAUUUGAAAAGAACUACUUCCACUGUGUUACUUCACUCAUUGCUUCCACUUGGUAAACAUGAGCACCAAGCUAAGAUAGUUAGAUACUUUUAUUUUUAUCUUUUUUACCAUUGUAUUUAAUAUUCAAAUCCCGUCUCCCCUCUACUGGAGGUACAAUUGAAUUUUAACAUGCGGGAAUUUUUAGGUGCGGACAUAUUUCUUCUCUAAUUAGAGACAGGGAGAAUCAUCAAACGUUGGUGCUGACGUACAUGUACAGCUGUUACCGUCCCUUCGGCAGAAAAUUAAUGGGCGGAAUUUUAGAAUACCUGAUUACUUAUCCAAACGCUUUAAAGAACGACGCACAACACAAUGUUCAGGUUUUGUUUUUAAACGAGAUACAAAUAAAUGGCCGGGUAAUCUGAGCUGUCAGUCACACAGGCUGGAGAAAAACAUAAAAAUGAAAACCAAGUAAAACUCUUUUCUUAAAGGGAUUUUUAAAAUGACAAAUCUUUUUUAAACUUAUUUUGCACUCCAGAAGAAUAGGGGAGAAUAUGAAUGUUUUUAUUUAUUUUUUAUUUUUUUCAUACACUCAGGUUACUAUAUUUGUUUGGGACUGGUUUCACCUAGACUUCGGUUGUUUGAGCCAGCAAGAGCAGGAUUAUCUGCUAAUAUUUGUCUGUUAGCAUGUUUGAGUAUUGCUCUUGGUGGUGCGGUUUGUGCUAGAUAUUGGUCUUGGAAUAAAUGGUAAGUUCAUGAACAAGGUGUAUGUUGACAUGACUUUGUACCCGGUAUGUACCGUAAUCAACAAUACACAAUACCAAGUUGUGUGAAAGCAGUUAGAGAAAAUCCAGUGCCAGUUUAUAUCAGUCUGUCUUUGAACUACAUAGUCCUCACUGUUGUCAGGUUUCAGUUGUUAAAAACACGGACAACGCUGUGGACAAAUCUUUGAAAGAUGGAGCUACACAAUUAACUUUCCUUUUACCUAAAGUUGGAACACACUAGGCAACAAGUGACAACAACACGUUGCAGUGACAAGUCAUAUCGUAUAUACCGGAGAAUUUUUGCAACAAUAUUUGUCUCUGUGACAUAAUUUAUUGUCUCAGUUUGUGAAAUCAGAAAAUCAUGAAAUCAGAUUGAAUUCAUUCAAAUUGUUGCAACAACAAAAUUCUAUUGUGGAAACAAAGAUCAUAAAAAGGCUCCAGUACACACAAAGUAUUAGUGGCUGCAGCCUGUCCAGAACUUGUCACCCAACCUGUACACAAGGAGUGAUUUGUUGCCAGGACAUUUUUCAGUGACAUGUUGCUAAGUGUUUUCUGACCUUUAAUGUAUCUGCUGGAAACAACUGAUCUUGAAAAAAUCCUGGCAAAUUGCAAAUGAUCAGGCUGAUUCUUUAAAACUGUUUAUUUACUGAAACUGACUAAACUGCAGUGUUAAUCUCAGAAAACUCAAUAUUAUUGUCUGUCAACAGUUGAGACAUGUAUUAUAUGUAGAUAAAAAUCUAAAGGGCAUUUAUCUGCAUCAGUUGACCUAAGCAAUCAUUACAAAACAAGUUCAAGAGACUACAUUAUUGUGUAAAAGAAAUAGAAAAUUAUUACCAUUCAGCUAGCCUGCGUUACAGGUGCCGGUUAUUAUAUUUUUUACAGGCUGCGUGAGGGGCAAAUGUGAAUAUAGGGGAGAGGAGGCACCUGCAGUGAAGGCCCUAGUUUUCCAUUUUCUUUGUUUGCUGAUGGUGCAUAAAAUGCCAUUGGCUAAGAACGCCCCUUUGGGGUUAGUCCCAGGGAGUUUGUCUGUCACCCACCUCAAUGCGUAAUAAAUUACCAGUCAAUGGAAUUCAAGUCUUGUAAAGAGGCCCUGCCGGGGGGGCUCAUGUCGCCCGUCUGAAUUUUAAAACGUCUCGUGUCGGUGUUUAUAAAUGCUUGUUGCUUAUUGUCAGCUUUGCCGUCACUGUUGCAAUUUGGCCGAGGGAGGUUGUCUCUUGUCGUGAGUUCAUUUUACGCGCUGUCGCUACCUUUUGGGCCAUGUCGCUUGUCAGAAUUUACCCUGGCAGGGCCUCUGUAAACACCCCUGUCACAAGCAGCAUGACAACGGCUGAAAAACUGUUUAAAUCAUGCUUGCAAGGAAUAUUUAAAAAAGCUCAGCUGGAGAAGAUUUUCGAUUUCAGUUUUCAUUUUUGAAAAGCAUUGUGCCAUCUUUUCUGAUAAAGAUCUCUUGGCAGUAUUACCAGCUGGGUUUCAAGAAAGUUUAAUUUUCCAUUUUAUUUGUAUAUUUGGGGUUCAAAGACUGGAGCCAUCUCUGCAAGCUUUGUCAUUGUUUCCCCGUUGCAAAGCAGCUGAGGUAACUUCUACGGAAUUGUCAGUGUGUUAAUGAGAGAAAAACUGGACUGUUUAAAAGAAAUAUAGCAAGGAAAGUAUAACAUCACAUAUGUGUCAGCUGAAGCAGCGAUGUAUAAAGGAUUGAUGAUUGAAAUUGCUAACACUGCCCAACAAAAAUAUAGCAGUGUCAUAACGUUCACGUUUGUGACUGCGGACAGCGGUAGCGGUAGAUGAGGAAUGAUUCAGUGGCCAGCUAUUCUGAAGUUUAGUGUCAUUUGCUUUAUGCAGCUAUAACCAAAAUACACAAGAUUAUAUUUUCCUUUGGGUUUGUCGUUGGUUUCAUGUCGUUAGAUGAUCGUCUUUCAAUCAAUUUUUUGUCAGUUGAAGCAGGACUGUCACAUUAUUAAGCUGGGGGCGUAAUUGGAAAACCAGGGUCUCUGCGGCAGUCAUCUCCUCUCCUUUUCUCCUUUCAUGCGUCCUCUAGAUUUCUCCUUCGCCCUAAAAAACCAGCCCCUGUUACGCAUGCUACCAUUCAGCUAAAACAUAUUUCUGUAUUUAAAAAUCAAUUUCUCACAUUGUUUUCAUAAGAAAUAUAUACAGAACAGAUGCAUAACAUUAAAUUUUACAUUGAUAUUAGGGGCUAGUGAUAGAUCUGCACUUUAUAAAUCCUCAAAAAGAGGUGCUACAUUAUUUUGUUUUGUUUUUGUCCAGGUCCCACCAUCCUUUUGCAAAACUGUUACUUAAGCAUGGAAGCCCUUGGAGAGCUGUAGCAUCAAGUGUUAACAUAGAAUUCCGUCGCAUCACAAAAUUUUCUUCAAUAAUUGGAGGCACCAGCCUUUACAUCACAGAUUCGUGGAUAAUUAGGUGCUCGGCAUACAAAAUAGACAUUGCCCAUCAACCUGAUGUCCACUUGUCAAUCAUUCAUGCAGAAGACCAUGCCAUUUCUCACGAGAGUAGCAUUGCUGUGCAGUUCUUGAAUAUCAAAGUUUCUAGCAUCACGCCAGGGGUUAAGCCCUUUGUUAUUAGACUGAACUCCACAGAUUAUGGCGACCUGAGGGAAAAGCUGCAAGCUCCAAUCAGAAAUGCAAGGAAUGUUGUAAUACACCAGUCACUUAGCGACAAGUUUAUUGAGGCUUUUAAGGAACAAGUUGCACAGAAUAAUGCCUAUCACUUACAGGAUGGAGAAGAGGUGUGUAUUGUUUGUAGGAAGGUUCUAAAAAAGGCAAAGCUCAAAACAAAAAUCAUUAAUCAAGAUCAUUGUCUAUUUUCUCUUAGGAUAAUCAAAAUGAAUUACGAUUGCCUUGAGUUUCAUUUGUGAGAGUGGUUACCUCCUCAGAUAUCAUAUUAAAUACAAAAAAUUCCAUUCCUGGCUAUCUAACCUCAUUAACCUAAGCUAGGGUGUAGUAAAGAGAAAGCUAAGCAGUCUUAUUUACUAGUCCAGCUGGCUUUUUACUCAACUACUCCUUUGUAAUUACCCCACGAGUUUACUUUCCUUGCAUUUUGAACUGGUGGUAAGCUCUCUUUCAGUCCAUGAAAUUCACCAGCAAACUGCUUCUUAGCUUCAUCCCCAAUUGAGCUGUUUGUCUUGGAAUUCUACCAGCUGUAAAAAGAGUGAAAAGAGUUUCACUUGUAGUCAUUGUCCCUUUCCUAUCUAUUUUGUAAAGGCUAGUCUGUUUUCCUUGCAUUUUUUCUUUUCAAAGGUUUCUUUGUAUAUUUUGUUGUAUGUACACUGUAGCAAACUAAUGUGGUAUGGCCUGAACAUCCCAGAAUUUAAUUCAAAUUAAUUAUACAUUAUACAUCCUUAAUCAUCUAUUUUUGUCUUUUAGGAGCCUGAACCAUGUAUUGGCUGCAUGCAAGCACCUGCAAAUAUCAAACUACGGAAACUGUGUGCUUCAGCUGGAGAGGGACAAUGUGUGCCCUGUUAUUGCCGUCCAAUGUGGUGUAUAGACUGUAUGGGCAAAUGGUUUGCCAGUCGACAAGAUCAGCACCAGCCUGAGGGGUGGUUAGCAAGUACCUCGCCUUGUCCAACUUGUAGAGCAAAGUUUUGUAUGCUUGAUGUAUGUUUGGUUGAUAGAUGA